UGGGAUUAAUGUAGGUGUGUACAUGGGCGGGAGCUUUCAGUGAAAUGAAACUAAGCUGAAAAUACAGCAAAAUUAAACCUUUUGGAAGCGGUUUUUCUUUAGACAACAGAAUGUUUGUUCAUCCAUAUAUACGUAAGAUGUAUGAGAGCGCACCUGACACUCACAGGGCAAAAGCAAUGGCAGAAUCUCCAAAACCAAGAAAGACCAGGAGUCCUACAUCCCUGAGAUCCCCCACUGAUCCUCUGACUGAGGAUCUCCAGUGUUCCAUCUGUCUGGAUGUGUUCACCAAUCCAGUCACCACUCCAUGCGGACACAACUUCUGCAAGAUCUGCCUAAAAGAAUGCUGGGACAACCAUCAGGACCACAGCUGCCCAAUAUGUAAAAAAACAUUCAACCAAAAGCCUGAGCUAAAGGUCAAUACAACACUCAGAGACAUUGUAGAUCACUGCAAAAAGAGAAAUCAUCUGAAAGUACCUGAAGUGUUGUGUGACAUCUGUACGGUGCCAAAACUGAAAGCCCUGAAGUCGUGCCCUGCGUGUCAGAGCUCUUACUGUAAGACUCACCUGGAGCGUCAUUUCAAAGUUCCAGGUUUAAAACAACACAAACUGAUCAACCCUGUAAAAAAUCUCCAGGAUCAUUUAUGUCAGAAACACAACAGACAUCUUGAACUGUUCUGUAGAGAUGAUCAGACAUGUGUGUGUGUGACCUGCACUGUGACCGAACACAAGACUCACAACAACGUUCCUGUAGAGGAGGAGAGUGAAAUGAAGAAGACUCAGAUGAAGAAGACACAGACAGAUGUGAAGCAAAUGAUUCAGGACAGAAUGAAGAAGACCGAAGAAAUCAAACGCUCAGUAAAGCUGAGAAAAAAAAACACUGAAAAAGAGAAAGCAGACUGUGUUGAGCUGUUCGCUGAUCUGAUCCGCUCCAUUGAGAGAUGUCAGUCUGAGCUGCUGGAGGUGAUGGAGCAGAAGCAGAAAGCAGCAGAGAAACAGGCUGAAAAGCUCAUUAAAGAAUUAGAGCAGGAGAUCACUGAACUGAAGAGGAGAAACACUGAGCUGGAGCAGCUCUCACACACUGAGGAUCACCUGCACCUCCUACAGAUUUAUCCAUCCCUGUGCAGCCCGUUAGACAUCAAGAUCUGGACUGGGAUCAGUAUUAACACUUGUGUGAGUGUGGAGACUUUGAGGAGAGCUCUGGCUGAGCUGCAGGACACUCUAGACAAGAAACUCAAUCAAAAUGUGAUGAAGAGGAUCCAGCAGUAUGCAGGUACAGUGUAUGAUAAUACUCACUCACAUUUACCCAAAGUACAGCAUUCCAGUUUGACUGAACUUGUUAUUCUACAAUCUUUCUGUUAUGGAGCUGUGAUUCAAAUUCUCUCUCUCUCUCUCUCUCUCUCUCUCUCAGUGGAUGUGACUCUGGAUCAUGACACGGCACACCCUGAACUGAUCCUAUCUGAAGAUGGAAAACAAGUGCAACAUGGAAACAUAAAGCAUGACCACCCACACAAUGACAAGAGGUUUGAUAAAUAUAUCAUUGUCCUGGGAAAGGAGGGCUUUUCCUCAGGGAGGUUUUAUUUUGAGGUGCAGGUAAAUGGAAAGACACAGUGGAAUUUAGGUGUGGCAAGGGAAUCCAUUAACAGGAAGGGGGAGCUGCACCUGUGUCCUAAGAAUGGAAAUUGGACUUUGUGGCAAAGUAGUGGAAACAAGUAUCAAGCUUGUGAGUCUUCCCCUGUCCCUCUCUCCCUGAAUGUGAAGCUACAGAAGGUGGGUGUGUUUGUGGAUUAUGAGGAGGGUCUGGUCUCCUUUUAUGAUGUGGAGUCCAGGUCUCAUAUCUACUCGUUCACUGGUCAGUCUUUCACUGAGAAACUCUAUCCAUUUUUAAGCCCUUGCACUAAUGAUAAAGGUAAAAAUUCAGCACCAUUUAUCAUCACACCCGUCAGUUACGAUGAAUAAAUUUCACCCAAGUAAGCCGUCCUGGAUGAAAAUGAUUUUUUAUAUGUAAUCAUGAACCUGAAUCAAGAAGUAUGUAUGUGCUUUUGCUUAAAGAAUGAAAGUAUAUACAUUUUUGCAGAAAAUUAUUUUAUGCAUGUUGUAGUGAAAUGAUGCAAUGCUGACCUGUAAAGAAUCAUUCCUGCACACUUUUUCCUUUUUCACUUAUUGCCUGGCAUAACAAUAUAUUUGAACUUUAUCCAUUAAAUAUCUUUCAUUUAUUUAAACAGGUUUACAUACAAUAUCUAGAACAAAUAUCACUGUAAAUAGUCUGUCAGUGUGGCAAGCAGGCCGCAGCCGAGAGCUGUGGGAACGGAGCGAGGCCGGUUGGCGCCAGUGCUAAUGAGCAUCACCUGCGCUCCACACCGGUCUCGACUUCCACGGAGGAACUCCGGAAGGAUAAAAGGAGCCUGGACUUUGUUGUUGUUUUGUUUUAGUUUUUAGUUAUGAGGGGCUGCGGCUUCACUUUCAUUUUGAUGUUUGUUUAUUCUGUCAUUAAAAGUUAUGUUUAACA